AUGCAACCAGAAAACAUCCCUGCUGGUGCCUUGACACAUAUGAAUCUGGCAUUUGUCCAGUUUGGGGAUGAUUGGAAAAUGGUUAAUGAAUAUGGAGACAUUGUUACCCGUGUCACCCGUCUCAAGACAUCGUAUCCUGGCUUAAGGGUUAACGCUGCCCUUGGAGACUGGAAUUUCAAUGAUCCACCUUCCAUAUACUAUUUUUUGACCAUGGCAGGGUCAUACGGGAAUUGUCAGACCUUCAUUGAUUCUCUGAUCUCGUAUAUGCAGAAGUACGGCCUAGACGGCGUCGAGAUUGAUUGGGAGUAUCCCGCUGCGGAGGAUCGUGGAGGCAACCCAGAUGAUACAGAGAACUUUGUGACUUUGCUCGCUGAACUGAGAGAGGCCUUUGAUGCUAUCAAUCCAGGCUGGGAAAUUACCUGCACACUGCCCUCCAGCUACUGCUAUGAUCUUCACGGCAUGUGGGAUCAGGACAAUAAGAACACCGGGUCUUAUCUGCGUGGUGAUACCAACCUGACGGAGAUUGAUGAGGGAUUUGAUUUGCUUUGGCGCAACGACAUUGACCCGAAGAAAGGGGUUAUGGGCAUGGGCUUUUACGGUCGAAGCUUCACCAUGUCCAACAAGGACUGUCACACAGCGGAUUGCACAUUUUCCGCAGUGGGAGGUCCUGGCCCUUGCUCGCAGAGCACUGGAAUUCUGUAUUAUUCAGAGAUUGAAUCAACUAAUAGCUCUGGCGAUGUGACCACGUACUACGAUCCGGUUUCCACUGUCAAAUACAAUGUUUACAAUGGUAACCAGUGGAUUUCUUACAACGAUGCACAGUCAUGGCAGGACAAUGUUCGAUACUUGACCAGCAAGUGCAUUUCAGGAGUGAUGAUAUGGGCUCUUGAUGAGGACGAUGGCAUGCACACUGCCUUGCGACCUUCUGAUGCUCAGAAGGAAGAAUUGACUGAUCAAUACUCCGCACAUACAGGACAAAACUGUUAUGGGACAGAGGAGUGUACCGAUGGUUCGAGCUUCCAAAAUGAUAAUGCCGAGUAUGUCUGUGGUACUGGGUUUUCUUUCGUUGACACUGCACAUGCCCCCCAGCAGAAGCUUGGGUAUUGGAUUGGCGACACUUGCAAAAGCGGCACAUAUCGCCAUAUUUGCUGUCCAACCAACGCGAUGCCAACUAAUUUUGAAUGGUCUGGCGCUCCUAUUCGCAGCGAGAUUGGUUGCAAUGGCAAGUGUGGAAGUGAUCAGUUUCAACUUAAUGUUGACUCAUAUAUCGAUGCUUCCGUAGAGGAGCCAUGCUACCAAGGAGAUCGGGCACUUUGCUGUGAUAGCGCUGAGACGAUUGCACAAUGCAAGUGGACAUCAUGCCAACAUCUUGGCUCCACGCAGGACAAACCAACUUGUCCUAGUGGCAGUACAUAUAUGACCCAUCGGUACGACGAUGGAACAGGCUCAACCUGCGCGUCCGAUGAUGACAACAGCUUGGAGAUUAUAUACGCCCAGGCGUACUGUUGCCCAACUGACAAUCUCCCUUCAAACUGCUCCUGGCCAUUCGACAACCUACCUCACACGGAUGCGAACAUCUGUUACCCAUCCGCCUGUGAUUCCACCCAAGUACAAUAUAUGACAGCUCUUGAUCCUGCUGAGUCAUACUUUGGAGAUGGAUUGGAGUCUGACGAUGAUUGCCUCAAAUAUGCCCCUCCUGCGAAUAGUGAAAAAUGGCCUGUUGAUCCGAAGGAUCUGUGGGAGAAUUACUAUGAAGCCAAUGGGGAUGACGUGGAAUGGGCGUUUGUGAAAAAUUAUGGGAAUAACAAUGAACAAAAAUCUCCAGGGGAUGGGGACGGGGACGACCCAUACGGGUUUGUGAUGCUUGAUGGUCCUGCAGGAUCUAUCGACAGCUCAUUUGCUUCAACCUAUGAAUUUUUCCGUCGCAGCGAGGAGAUCCCUGUGGUCAAACGUUCUCUUUUUACGACAAAUCGUACGCAACUGUAUACAAACUUUGAUCAUGUCGAGGAGACCCACCAUAUUUUCUGCAAGUUUCCAACCGGAUCGCCUAAGUGUGAUAAUCUGCUCUUUGACGGCGCUGAAGACACGAUUGUUCACCUCCCCGAGCACAUUGGAGAAGGCCCUUUCGCUCUGAAGCGACAGAGCCAGGAUAAUCAAAAUGCUGCCUAUAAGAUCAAAAUCGACUACAAAUUCCAGGCAAUCAAGCGUGACUCAGGUGCGAUCAACAUGCGGGUGGAUUAUACCAAUCUAUUGGAUUACUGGGAGGAUGCCACAAAUACUCCAGCAACUCUCCGUAGAAAACGGUCCACCACUUCGGUCCGUGAUGAACACAUGACAUACAAAGACUGGCGAGACAGGGUCAACUCAGCCAAGGCCUCCCAUGAGGCACUGCGAAAGAGGCAAGCAGACGUCAUGUCAUCCAAGACUUCUUUUGAACAUUCCGGUGAUGUUGAACACGCCGGCCUGCAAAAGAGAUGGUUUGGAAGUUUCAAGAACUGGCUCCAGAAAAUGAAUACGAUCGACAGUAGCAGCGUUGGAAAUCUGUCACAGGCCUGGAAAGCCAGUCUUCUUCUCUUCUCAGUUUCAAAGAGAUGCCCAAAGACCAUCGCAGAGCUGAACGUCUUUCUCGAUUCCGAGCUUGCCAUGGACAGUACCUAUGCCUACUACCUUUCCGGCACUUUGGCUCCAUCCUCUAUGGAUGGUACUUAUGCAUACUUCGGCAUGCAACCAAGUAUAUAUCUUGGCAUCAAUAAGCUUAUCCCAACUCUUUCUUACCCCGGGUUGGCCAUCAAGGGAAUAGCGGCAGUUGGGCCCACUCUUGACGUCUACGGACAAAUCCGUGGUGUUGUGCAGCUGAGCGGAACCAUGCCUGCUGGUGCCAGAUAUACCUUUGAGAAAUCCGAGGUCUUCUGGCCCGAGGGAGAUGGUAGUACCGACUACAGCAAGAUCAAAGAUCUCGUGGAUGACCCUGAGCCCGUUUCCUCUGGACUCGAACCAUCGUUCCAAGCAAAUGUUCAGGCUAGCGCGGACCUUGACAUUAUGGUUACACCCGAAGCGAACAUCGGCAUUGUCGUUGGCGGUUCCGCUCUACUAGGAGGUGUCACUCUUGUUGACGCACAACUAGCAGGCUUCGUCAAUACAACUCUCAGAUUCCAUGCUGGUGCCGCUGCUGGUGCUUCAGGAGAUUCCUCUUGCGUGAGCGUAGCCUAUGCAUACAACUAUGAUUGGUACACCACGACCCGCUAUCUGUUCAGCAGUCCCAAGACGAUCAUCCUUUACUCCAACGAGGAUGUCGCAUCCGUUUCAACAGCUUCAUCCUCCAAGAGAAGGGUUUCCAUGCACCAAUCUCCUAUUUUCGAUGGAGACAAUGCCAAAAUUGCAGAUCCCUCUGAAAGACAGAGUAUGGCCCGGUUGAUAAGUUUCGACAGCAACCGUGACCUCCUUUGGGGUUCGCAGCCUCAGUUUAUGAAUGGCACAAGUCAAAGCUUGCGGAAGCGUGAAGAUGACGAUGCGAAUGAUUGUGCGACACCAGGAAGCAGCAAUGACGACAACCUGCCAGUAUGCUCAUGGAUCUUGCCCGAACUACGUUAUAAUUGCGAUGUGUUUUCCGACGCACAAGCCACCAAGAAUGGGGCAACAGAGCAGGUCACCGGAAUUUGCAACAAAGUUCUCAAUUUCUUUCGCCCCCGCGCGAUUGAUGAUGAUCGCCGCGAUGAAGCCUGCCCCAAAGUUUCCGGUCUCGGCUUUUGUAGCGCUCGCAAUACAAACAUUGCGAAUAAACUGAGCUUGCCAACUACAACACGGAUUGUGAGCUGUGACGAGUUCCCAAUUGCAUCUUCGGAAGAGGGUGAAUCUUAUUUUGCGUCUCUUCCUCAGAAUCUCACAUCUGUGGAGGUACAGUGUGUUCCGGUUUGGCAGCAAAGCCUUCAAGGAAACUGUCAUAAAAUGCUCUCAAAUCUUCAAAGCGAUGUCAAUGUCUCGGGGACCGCCAACUGGCAAUCAUGGGCACCUGCGAAUGAGGACUGGUUCGAGGACAGUGCCUGGCAGAGAGUGGACUAUAACAAUGGCCAUGUUGCACAACCCAGUGGUCCAUCUGAUGGUGCUGCAUGGGGCUUACAGUAUCUCUCUUCCUGGGACCUUCCGGGAAAAGCCGGCUCAACAUCAACCGACGUAACCCAGGUAGCCUCUGCAAUUAAUACUUUUGGGCAGGAUGAUCGCUACAUCAACGGUGUAAAGAAUGGACUCUGCAUCACAGGCACUAAGCAGAAUACAGCCUUCGGCACUGUUGUAAAGACUAACGGGUGUCGUGUUGUGUUUACAGGCUCAACCGUUGGGCAUAGCAAUUCCAAGCGAGACGGUUCAAAUGAGGCCGGUGAAGAGGACGAAGUCAUCGGUGAGAUUGGUGGUUGGGGAAUCAAGAGCAUCGAGAUUCCAGAAGACAGUGAGACGGAGAUUUUUGUCCUGGAUCCGGACGAGGAAUGGGCACCGCAUGGUCAUCUCAUGCCAGUGAAAUAUGUAGAUUGA